GAAUUCUUGUGGGCGGAGAAGAGAUUCCGGUUCCGGGUGUUUUCAUUUCCCAGUCGGAGGUUUUCAGACCUUCGAUUAUGACAUUUGUCUCUCUUCACUGACAACAGAAUAAAUUACCCUUUGCUUCACUGAAACGAGUCCCACCGAAGCCGCGAACAUGACGACCCGUUCGGAGAGAGAGAAGGCCCAGAAACUUAACGAGCAGCACCAGGCCAUCCUGUCCAAAAUGCUGAGGGAGGAAGACAACAAGUACUGCGCCGACUGCGAAGCGAAAGGUCCAAGAUGGGCAUCCUGGAAUCUGGGAGUUUUCAUCUGCAUCCGGUGUGCAGGCAUCCACAGGAACCUGGGGGUACACAUAUCCAGAGUGAAAUCAGUCAACCUGGACCAAUGGACCUCAGAACAGAUCCAGAGUAUACAGGAAAUGGGUAACACCAAGGCCCGGCAGCUUUAUGAAGCCAACCUUCCAGACAGCUUCAGAAGACCUCAGACAGACCAAGCAGUUGAAUUCCUCAUCAGGGAUAAAUACGAAAAGAAGAAAUACUACAACAAGAAUGGAAUUAAUAUGAGCAGUCCGAAAGAUAGUAAGAAAGAGAAGGAGCCGGACAGAGGGAGCAAGGUGUCAUCUUACACCAAGAGUGAAGAAUCCAGGCCUGCUCCCAAAAUCAGUCCUGCAAAGACUUCAGAGCCCCCUGUGAACUUACUAGGCCUUGACACGCCCGCCGCGGCAGCAUCAGCUAACAGUGGUAACACAAGCACAAACCAGAACAAUGACCUGGAUAUAUUUGGCCCCAUGGUGUCCAACCCUCUGCCAUCAUCCACAUCUGCAGCUCAGUUUUCUCAGGGAAGCUCCAGUACCUCGGCGAGCACUCCGACACAAGCUCUGGCUGCUGGAGUCGGAGCCAGCUCAGGGUCAGGACAGGUUGACCUGGACCUGUUCAGCGACAACAGUAGCGCCACUAAAGCCGAGGACGGAGCCAAGAAGCCGCUGUCCAAGGACUCUAUUCUGUCACUGUAUGGAACCAACAACAUGUCCCAGCAGGCCCCUGCUGCCGGCAUGUUCGUGGGCCCCUCUCAGAUGCAGUUUCCUGUCCAGGCCACCCCAGGUUAUCAGGCCUUUCCUGGCAUGGGUACAGCUGUGCCGCCCACCACUGUCAUGGGUGCAAUGAUGGCCCAGGGUGGCACAGCCAUGAUGGGGCCAAAUCCAGCCAUGAUGGUCGGGAUGACGAUGCCAAAUGGCUUCAUGGGAAACGCGCCUGCAGCUGGUGUUAUGGGCAUGGCCCCCAGAAUGAUGGGACCACAGGGGGCUGCAAUGCCUGCAGGCAUGAUGCCCGCUCAGGGCAUGUACGCCAUCCAGCCGGGACAGCAGGCUCAGUGGAGCAUGGGUCAGGUCAACCAGCAGAUGUCAGGGCUGACUCUGAACGGUGCCGGAGGUCAGAUGGCCUUCGGUCAGCCUCCGUCAGCCAUGGGCAGUUGGGCAGCCGCUGGAUCCGGUCAGACUCUGAGCACGCAGCUAUGGAAGUAAGCCUUCGAGCGCUUUGGGCAGAGUAGGAGCAGAGGUUGCAGAAAGUGCAAAUGAACAUUUGUGCUUUUUUUUGGACCUUGCUAUGAACUGAUGCCCCUUUCCAUCACGGACCAGCCUUCAGAACAUGACAAUUGUAUCGCCCUCUCUUUUUUCCCCUCUUUCUUCCUUUCUGUCUCUCUUUCUCUCUAUUGUGUGAGUGAAUUGGGAGUAAUACAGGAUUACAGUUUGGCAGCUUCUGCCUCCUAACUUUUAUUUUCCUUUUUUGGAAAAAAACAAAAUAUAAGGAAACCGUCCCAACAUCGACAUAUCAGUAAAGCUGCAGGACCAGUUACACAAGCUUUUAUUGUAUCUCUGUAUCAAUAUCAGAUUCUAGAACAUUUAAAUAAUUAGUAUUUAAAGGGAGGAGAUGUGACUAUCAAGUCAGUCAGUGCGGCUCCCAGAUGUACAGCGCUGUAUAACCUUCUUUUAAAGUACUUGUGGUUCCCCUAUAAAAUUAAACUGAUAAAACGUA